CUCGCUCUCUUUCUUUCUCUCUCUCUAGUCUCUUUCGCCUCUCUCCUUCUCUCUCUCUCUUUCUCUCCACACUCGGCCGCUCGGCCACUCUUCUCUCUCGUCUCUCUAUCACUCUGUCUCUCUCUCUCUUGCGCGCCUGUUCAUUCGGCCCCUCUGCCGUCUUUGUCCUUUGUCUUGCAUAAAAAAAAAGUCAGCACAAGCCAGAGGCCAGGCGGCAGCGUCAACACCAACUAAACCGCCUCCAAAAACAACAACCCCGACGACGACGGCGACCACCACCACCGUCACCUCCACCUCCACCAACAUCGCCGCCGCCCGCCGCCGCGAAUGGCCUUCCGCUGAAACUUCCCUCACUAACCCCAUUCGAUUCAUCAAACCUCCUUUAUUACCACGAAACCACGUUCCUUGACCCCAUUCUCCCGACCACGACCUCCCGUCGCUGUCCCGCCCCGACGCUAUCUCGUUUUCCUUUGUUUCGAUCCCGAGCCCGACCCGGUCCCUGAUUGUCCUAAUCUUUCCACCGUCGCUCGUCGUGAGCGCCUCCUAAUAAGCCGUCUUUACCGGCAAGACACCCACCACCACUCCCGCAGCUCACCAACCACCCUGGACGCCCAGCCGACGACGCAAUCUCAACCUCCUGAUCCCGUCCAUCGGCGCUAUCUUCGUUUCCUCGCUACCCUCGACACGCCCCCUCCCAUCCUUGUCCCGACCUGGUCCGUCUUCGCAUUUAGAACACUCGCUCUGCUCAAGCCCACCGCUUGCAGCCAGCCCGCACACCAUAGUCUGGAGAUUGCUGGUUUUCCAGCUCUCCAGCCGCCGCGAUGGCCGCCAUAUCCGCCGCGUCGGCCACCGCCAAUACCAUCACGCCCCCGAGCAGCAGUCACGGCAAUGGCAAUCCGAGCGCGUGGAACAGUUACGCGACGGCCGAUACCGAGAAUCUGCAAAAGAGAUCUCUGGAUAGGGUUGACCAUGCGAACCGAGCUCCCCUGACACAGAACGGCAACUCAGCCAACAUUUACGAAUACGGCUUCGAGCCCCUGCCGCCCCCCCGGAAGAAGGCCUCCAUCGACAACAUUUCCUUAACCAAGAGCAACAGGUCAUGGGACAGGACAACCCGUCGCGACCACGAUACAUCAAAGACCGCGCCCGUCAAUGCUGACGACGUCUUUGGAGCCAAAUCUGGAGUUGCAGAGAAACAAUCCGCCAACGAAAUGGUGGGCGUCACAGACGACGACAAAUGGAUUCACCGGGACAAGCUGGCCAAGAUUGAGAGUCAGGAGCUCCAGGCCGCCGGCAUCAUCUUGCCCAGGGCGCGCGCGAGCAGCAAGCCCCGUAGGGGUCGCAGCGAGGAGAAGCUCAACGGGAGCUCCAGGAGGACCACCUCUGCCCCGCCAGACGAUGAGCUUCCUCCCCCGAGAUCCAGAAAGAGCUCCGUCUCGCCUGAGAACAUGGUGCCCGAGGGGAACCCGCUUGAGGAGGUGCCUAGCUGGGACUUGCGGCGGCCCGAAGAAAUCGAAAGUGACGAGGCCUACUGGACCUCAAUCGCCGACAAAAAGAGCGGUUCCAAAAUCCCCGUCGCCAAGGCCAGCCCGGCCCCCAUCCCCGAGUUCUACCUCGAGAGGAAUGCACCAUCGGGACGCAGACGCAGCGGUGGUAGCGAACUCGAGACGAUAGCCUACCCGAAACCACGACCGAGGAGCGGUAGCGCCAACACUCUCGGCGCCACGUCCACUCUGCAGCCCGCGAAGCGCAACCUCACUGACGUCUCUCCCCGGAAAGGCAGCGGCGGCCCGACUGCCACGGGCAGGAAGACGUCAGCCCAGGUCAAGGCUGGCGGGAAAACCAGGACGCGUGGUGGCAAGGACUCAACGAGCAGCAUAUCCGGAAGACCGAUUACGAGGUCUGCCGAUCUAUCACCCGGCGGCAAGAGACCGGAGGGUGAUCCGCCUUGGAUGAUUGGGUCCUACCGCCCCGAUCCGCGUCUUCCCCCCGAACAACAGCUCCUCCCGACCGUCGCCAAGCGUUUGCAACAGGAACAAUGGGAAAGAGAGGGCAAGUAUGGCAGCAUCUACGACAAGGAAUUCCGCCCUCUCACCGCAGACGGUCUGCUCAAGCCACCCGAAGCCGGAUCGAGCACGACGCCCCCCGACGAAGAGAAGCAGGAGCAAGACGAGUGGCCGCUCAAGGGAGAUGCGCCCAAGAGCCCCACCUCGCCAAGCAUCAAACAGAGCAACUCGUACUCGACCAUGCCCAAGAUCUCCGACAAGCCGCAGACAAGCCCGCUGCCGAGCCCCCGCACUCCCUUGAGCCCGAUGAUGCAGCCCACCCAGCCCGCCGAAACCCAGUCCGUCACCCGCGUGCCCGAGCAGCCCUCCUCCGCCGCCGCCAACAUGUCCAUGGGCGGCGAAAAGAAGAAGAAGAGCGGAGGCUGCGGCUGCUGCAUCGUCAUGUGAGAGAGUCUUCGGGGCCCGGGGUCGAUUGCGGCCUCACCGCCAGUGCCAUAUUUUCGUGUCUACAUUACCCAACAUACCAUACCCCUUUUCAACCGUGAGGCGAGCCUCCGACGACGUUACGAGUCUCCUAAUUCCAUUCCAGAGCAUCGACCACUCUAUUAGAUGUAUUUAUCGGCAUAUUCCCACCCGACUAUUGCGUCGUCCUGCAAGACGAUUGCUUCAAGAGCGCACUGCGAUUCAAGUUCUCCGUUGUACCUUGCCGAGCUUCCUGGCCAGCGUAUCCCUAUCCGGCGUGUGUCACUACAUGUGGAGGGGAUCCCAGGCGACGCCCGAGUAAUGAGGGAUACGGCGAGCUGCACCACCAAAAGAAGCGGACAGCAUUGAUUGAAUAUUCAGAGUCCCGGGUGCCCGUACGGCAGAGCCGUGAUUUACACACCCGAAGCAAAGCGGAAGCGGAUCACCAACUUUCUUGCUUUGUUCCGAUUAUAGAAAUGUAUAAUCGUAGCGAUUCCUAAAAAAUGUUUUUUUGAACACCCACACACAAACACACAACUUGUAGAUUGGAGAGCAAGUUUGUUUCCUUUUUUUGCCCGUGGUUUCUUGCAAGAGGUGGGGGGAAGGCUCCGCAUUGCUUGUCUGCCAGGCGUUUUCCCAAGACUCUUAUCUAUGCCUGGCGUUUGUUUGCCUUUGCUGCUGCCUUCUGUUCUUAAAAUACCGUAGGUGUUGGUCGGCGUUUCUGCUUGUCAGAUGCUGGGGAGAGUUCAGGUUGAAGCCUCCUUUUCUGCGCUGCCUCUGGAUUAUACAUGUUGAGGGAUGUGAAGUGAUUAGGAGGUUGCUCGUGAGCGUUUGAGCGGGGACCAGAUGGACUAUGAGAAGGUGCGAUGUUCCACGAAGGGUAGGAAGGAUGAGAGCUACGAGGUGAGGGUAGGACAGGAGGCCUGGCAUCGAUGCGGUUCAUACAUAAUUGAUACCCAUCCACAUUCUACUUAGUGGCCGACUCCUAAGGUGUUUGGAAAAGUAGUUGGUUGUAUGUGAGACGUUGGUCUGGAGGAGGGAUGUGGAUGAAUCAAACAUCUCAAUUUAAAAGACUUGCUGUCCA